CUGAAUUUUUUUUUUCUCGAUCAGUCAAAAAUCUGUCAUCUGCGAUUCCAUCAUUGCGAGUGUCGUGCGGAGAUUCCGAACCUAUUUUCAUUGUGCAGCACUAUUUCGCGACCUAAUGGCAUCCGCUGUAUCGAAAACUCCAAUGCUUCGUGCAGCCGCGGCUCGCGGUUUUGCGGCUCAAACACAAGCUGCUGCAGCUGGCCGUGGAUGUGGCGAAGCUCAAUGCACCACUCUACCGAACAAGCUGACGGUAGCUUCUGCUGAACCAAAUGCUGCUGUCGCCAGGAUUUCUAUCGUUUAUCGGGCUGGUUCUCGCAAUGAGACCGCUGAAAAUCUGGGUGCUUCGCAUGUUCUGCGAGCAGCUGCCGGUCUUUCUACAAAGACCGCUACUGGCUUUGGCAUCACGCGUAAUUUACAGCAGGUCGGUGGAUCGCUAACUGCAACCGGUGACCGUGAGCUGAUCACGUAUACCGUGGCUGUUACCAAAGACCACUUGGAAACCGGUUUGAAAUAUUUGGAAGCUGCUGCAACCGGCCAAGUUUUCAAACCAUGGGAGCUUGCCGAUUUGACUGCUAUGCUUAAGGCAGAUAUAGCACGAGUUCCAGUGGAAGUGCAGGCCGUCGAAGCCUUGCAUAAGGCUGCUUUCCAUACUGGAUUAGGGAACUCUGUGUUUUGCCCGAAGUAUAAGGCCGGAAAGCAUUCGUCGGAGACUAUGCAACAUUAUGUUGCGGCUAAUUGCACCUCAAAUCGGGCAGCAGUUUCUGGAGUAGGCGUUGAUCAUCAAUUGUUGGUUGGGUUCGCACAGUCUUUGAGUCUCGAUUCCGGUGCAGGUAGUGAAUCGAAAUCCAAUUUCAACAGCAGUGAAAUUCGUCACGAACGCGGUGGCUCCCGGGCCGCAGUAGCUGUUGCUGCCCAAGCUGUUGGGUGGAACAACAUGAAGGAAUGUUUAGCUUACUUUGUUCUACAAGCUGCUGCCGGAUCCGGUCCGGUUACGAAACAUGGAGGCAAUAAUGGUGCUCUCACCAAACAGCUGGGAGGAGUAGAGUCGAGCGCACUAAACUCUACCUAUACCGACAACGGUAUAUUUGGAUUUGUUGUUGCCGGUAACGGAAAGGAAGUAGGCCAAGCCGUUGAAGCAGGAGUCAAGGGCCUGAAGGCGUUGAAUGUUAGUGACGCAGAUGUUGCUCGCGGCAAGGCUGUCACCGUAGCCUGUAUUGCAGAUUAUUUGGAAAACCAUUCGACACUGGCUUUUGAUCUAGGCGAGCAGGCAGCUUUGUUAGGACAAGUCUACGGCAAAGCCGAACUUCUUGCUGCUUUCAACGGAGUAACCACCAGCGACGUACAAAACGCUGCCAGAAAGAUUGGCUCUAGCAAACUGGCCAUGGGCGCUGUUGGAAACUUGAGCAGCGUUCCAUAUCUGUGCAACUUGCAUUAAAAUGGUUACCAUAACAAUUAAACUACUGUACUGCGAUUUAAAUAAGAAUUGGUUGUAGAUAACUGCUAUCUUCACGUAAUGAACCUAGUAAUCGUGAACAUGAAAAUCGAAAAAAUGAAGUAAAGCUAGCCGGAAUACAUAACGAAAUAAAACGUGGUUAAACAGGU